AUGGCAAACCACGGGGAUUGGGGUGUGCUUCGAGUGCGUGCGUGUUUAACCGGCAGGGGGGGAGAGGGGGGGGGGGGGAAUGGGGGGGGGGGGGGUGGGGGGGGGGGGGGGGGUGGGGGGGGGGGGGGUGGGGGGGGGGGGGGGGGGGAUAGGGGGGUGGGGGGGGGUAAUAAUGGGGGUGGGGGGGGGGGGGGGAGGGGUGGGGUUUGUGUGGGGGGAGUUACAGGGGGGGGGAGGGAGAGGGAUUGUCAGGGGGGGGGGGGGGGGGGGGGGGGGGGGAGAAGGGGUCUGGUUUAG